AUGCUCCUGCUCGCGGUAGCAUCCAGCAGGGCGUUCUUCCUCGCCGAGGCGGGGUACGAAGCCGUCGACGUCCACCUGAUUUGCAACCUGUGCACCCGGCCGCACGGGGAGCUGUUCGAUGCGCUCCACCGCACCUUGAGCGACAACCCGCCGAUCCUGGAGUUCGAGGGCCACAGGUACCUGUCCAUCAAGGACGCCGAGGACGGGACCCCGCCGGGGAGAACCAUAAAGCUCCACCUCGCCGGCUGCUCCGACGAGGACCGCGUCACGCUGGCGCUCUCGAACGCCGACGCCGGCGUGAUGGCCUUUGCCGACGGCGCCGGGCUCUGGCACGCGUUCCCCGGUUUCGAGCCGCUCUUCCCCAACUCGACCACGCUCCCCUUCAACGCCUCGUACGACCACCUCGUCGGCGGCCACCAGAACCUCCCCGCGGUGCCUCUGGGGAGGGCGUCGGCGCUGGAGGCGAUCCGGGCGCUCUCCCGCCCGGGCACGACGGCCCCGGAGCGCGGCGCCUGUUAG